UGGGUGAAUCAGUAGGAGAAACAUAGUCACAAUCUUUACGCGGUUCGCGAUGUUUGUUAGGUACUAUUUGCUAGAGAUGAAGCCCAUUGAGUGGUAGUGUGGCCAUACUCAAACAUGGCUACGACAGAGAGUGGGCAACAACUUUAAUAUUUGUAUUUAUAUGGGAACAAAGUAUCCCAGUUAUGCUCUUGCAAAAUAGUGGAAAUGAGUAAUUGAAUCGGUAUAUGAGGAUUAUUUGUUUCUUUUUUCACUCCGUGCUCUAAUUCGGGCGAUUUUCCUAAAACUAUUUUUACGGGGAAUUGUAGCUAGCCUGCUCCAAAGCUGUGGAGAACCAAGCUGGAUAGCAAGCUUGCUAGCUAAUCGAAUGUGGUGAUCAUUUUGCUCGCUCUCUUAUUCAUUUUUGUCUCCGGACAUUCUUUUUGCAUUGGGGAUUCAUCGGCGGAUUGUUGUUUCGACUGGUUGCCGUGUUUUCCCCUGUACUGGAGCAUUUAUGGAUGAGUAAAAUUCUGCCGUUUCUGCUUUGCGAUGUGGGAUGAAGAGGAUAAAGGAAAGUGAUCUUUGGAAAUUUCGGGGGGAAGGAGUGGGCUUCGCUGCUGGAUAUUAUUUAAUGGAUUUUCUACGAUAGUUGGAGUACAACUGAAAACCUUCGAUUUGCAUAGCCCACUGCAUCGGCUGAUAGGCUACCCGCUCCUUAUUCUUUCACUGGAUAGCUAGUGGUCUAGCCCCAACCCCCAAGCCAUCGAAAACUAAACAAAGUACUGUAUGUCACAUAUAUGACAUUCAUUGUCAUGAGGGAAAUAACUCAAAGCUGAUCGGGUUGGAAAGAAUGUCAUCAGAGGAUAAGAGUCUGGACACCUCUGACAAAGGACCAUCUCCGCCUCCUGGCAGCACGGGGGCCACACCCACAGGAAGUCCGGCCUCCACUGACAGACGCCCCCGGGGACGUCCACGCAAAGAUGCAGUGUCCACAGCCCCCCUGCCUGGCCCUGCAUCCAAGUCCAAGAAAAAGUGUCGGAGCCGUGGCAGGGCAGCGUUGGAGGAUGACGAGGCGGUGGAGGAGGCAGAGUCGGCUGAACCCGCAGCCAGCCAGGAGAUAGAGCCAAAAGAUCAGCAGCAGGAGAUGGGUGAAGGUGCAAUGUCGUCGGCGGCAGGUGAUGGAGAGGGGGAGGGAGAGGGGGAGGACAGCCCCGCACUCCCCCUGAACCAGGCAGAGGAGGCAGCGGCGUCAUCAGCCUCUGCCUCGGGACUAACCAAAAGCAGUGAACAGCUCUGUGCCUUCUGUUACUGUGGUGGGCGGAGCCUGCUGGGUCAGGGGGACCUGAGGACAUUCGAGGCCACGCUCCCUCCCAGUAGCCAGCGAGGGGGCAGCACGCAGGGCAGCGGUGGCGAUGGAGACGGUGGGGAUGCCAGGCCUACUGCAGCUCCGAGAGAGUCGUCAAGUGCGGAGGAAGGAGCUGGCAGGUUUUGGGAUGAGCUUAGUCACGUCGGCCUCCCUGAUGGCAUUGAUGUCCAGACGCUCUUUGAGGACUCAGGACGGUGCUGGGCCCAUCAGCGCUGUGCCAUGUGGUCGCAGGGCGUGUGCCAGGGCGAGGACCAAUCACUGCUCAACGUGGACCAAGCCAUCCACUCAGGGAGCACACAGUGCUGUGCAUACUGUAAGCGCCUUGGAGCAUCCAUCAAGUGCUGUGAGGAGGGGUGCGAUCGGAUGUACCAUUACCCCUGUGCGGGGGCUGCCGGAACUUUCCAGGACUUCAAGAGACUUUUGCUCUUCUGCCCUGAUCACAUUGAAUUAGCCAUUGACAGAUCUAACGAGGAGGCCAACUGUGUGCUGUGUGACAGCCCUGGAGAGCUCCUAGACCAGCUCUUCUGCACCAGCUGUGGUCUGCACUACCACGGCAUGUGUCUGGACAUUGCAGUCACCCCCCUGAAGAGGGCAGGCUGGCAGUGUCCGGAGUGCAAAGUGUGCCAGACGUGCAAGAACCCAGGCGAGGACACCAAGAUGCUGGUGUGUGACAUGUGCGAUAAAGGCUAUCAUACAUUCUGCCUGCAGCCAGCUAUGGACUGUCUUCCUGCUGGUGGCUGGAGAUGCAAGAACUGCCGUGUGUGUGACCAGUGCGGCACGCGGACCAGUGGGCAGUGGCACCACUCGGGCCUGCUGUGUGAGCCGUGUGCGGUGCAGCAGGACCCGGCGCUGGUCUGCCUGCUGUGUGGCGGGGGCCUGGACCCGGAGCUCCAGUCCACACUGCUCUCCUGCCACAGCUGCAAGAGGUGGCUGCACCUGGAGUGCGAGCAGCAGGUGGAGGGUUUUGUGGAGGCCCAGCCCGGGGAGGACUACGAGUGCUGUAGCUGCCGACGCAGCGGCCCACAUAUGGACCCCCCACACAAGGAGCUGGAGGCCCAGCUCACCCUGGCUGCGUCCGAGGGGGAGGAGGAAGAGGAGGAGGAGGAGGAGGAAGCGGAAGAGGAGGAGGAGGAAGAGGUGGCGGCGGAUUCUGAGGUCUCAACGUCGAAGUCAAAGUCUCAGCCGCCCAGCUCGAUGGACUGCCAGCCAGGGGAAGCACAAGCGGAGGAAGACGUGGCUCGUGAUGAGGACGAUGAAGAUGGUCAGAAGCAGACUGGGGAGCUUGUGUCUGGCGCCAAACUGGAGCUGGCAGCUGAGGUGCUAAAUGAGGUUACGUGUGCAGAAGAGCCAAGCGCUACAGCAGCAGCUCCCACUGAUGACACAGACAGCCAUAGGUCAACACCCAAGGUCCCAGAGGCUCCACAGCCAGCAGCAGUGCUGCCAGAACCAGAGCCAGGAGCCGAGCCCAAGCCCCAGACAGCAGCACCCCAGGCAGAGGCUCCCUCGCCUGGGCAGGAGGAGCACAAGCCCCCCACCCCACCACCCACCAAAGAACCCACCGAUGCAACAACAACACCCCCAGCUGAGGAGGAUGAAGCCAUGGAGGUCUCCUCAGACAACAUCUCAGCUGCCAAGGCGACUGAAGAGGCAACUGUCCCAACCCUCGUGCCAAAGGAAGAACGUUCGCUCAAGGAAGAGGAGGAGGAGGAGAAGGGGAAGGAGAAGGAGAAGAAGAAAGAGGAGAAAAAGGAGAAGAAGAAGAAGAUGCUGCUGAAGGUUGGGAAGAAGCAGAGCACAGGGGAGGUGGUGAAGACCGAGCCCUCAGCACAGGAACAUCCUGAGGACAUGGAGGUCACCCAUGCUGACGGGUCAAGCAUCCCCCAGCCUACACCACCAGCUGACGCAAAGAGUGCCACCCAUAAGCCAUCCACCACAGCCAGACUACCAGAGGACCCGCUAUCCCCUGGUGUAGCUCAAGCAACGCCCUCACCAAUGGGAUCUCCUGGCGAACCGAUACCGGACCAGUUCCAGCUUCCGGACACAGACGGAGAGCUGCCGUUCUCAGCGGUAGACUUCAGCACAGCUAUACCACCUGCCAUGUUCCUGCCCAUGACCCCGAAAAUCGGCAUGGGGAAGCCAGCCAUUACCAAGAGGAAGUUCUCCCCGGGAAGACCACGUGUUAGACAGGGAGGAUGGAGAGGCCCAGGCCGAGCUGGCUCCCACUCCUGGUCCAUGGAGCCCCCAAAGAGCAGGCAGCCCACCAGCACCCCUGCCUGGGGCAUCAGAGUGGGUCGCGGCUCCGGCUUUCCAGGACGCAGGAGACCCCGUGGGUCAGGGCUGUCGGGGAGAGGGGGCCGCGGUCGCUCCAGGAUGAAGAAUGGCGUGGGCUCAGUCGCCACCCCGGGAGUUGGUGCGUUCGAGCCAUCUUACCUGUUCAAAGAGGAGGAAGAAAAUGCCAUGCACAACACUGUCGUCCUGUUCUCCAGCUCUGACACCUUUACGCUGAAACAGGAUAUGUGUAUGGUGUGUGGCAGCUUUGGGCAGGGCAUUGAGGGCCGUCUGCUGGCCUGUGCUCAGUGUGGACAGUGUUACCACCCAUUCUGUGUCAACGUCAAGCUGACUCGGGUGGUGUUGAGUAAGGGCUGGCGCUGCCUGGAGUGUACGGUGUGUGAGGCCUGUGGGCAGGCUACCGAUCCGGCCCGCCUCCUGCUCUGCGAUGACUGUGACAUCAGCUACCACACCUACUGCCUGGACCCGCCCCUGCAGAACAUACCCAACGGGGAAUGGAAGUGCAGAUGGUGUGUCUCCUGCGUCCAGUGUGGUUCCACCUCUCCGGGUCUGCGUGGCGAGUGGCAGAAUAACUACACGCAGUGUUCUCCCUGCGCCAGCCUCUCCAGCUGCCCCAUCUGCCUGCUGGACUACAGUGAGGAGGAGAUCAUAGUGCAGUGCCGCCAGUGUGACAGGUGGGUCCAUGCAUCCUGCCAAGGGCUUCACUCGGAGCAGGAAGUGGAGGUUGCCACGGACAAUGGCUUUGAUUGUACCCAGUGCCGAGGCCGCUGCUCCCCCUCAGACACAAUAGCAGAAGUAGCUGCCAUGGCAGCUGCAGAGGCUGCGGAGGCUGCGGAGGCCUACGAGGCUUCUGUUCACACACACACCUUCCCAAAGGCCAGAGAUCUCGACCCGGCGCGAACCUACACUCAGGACGGAGUGUGUCUGACCGAGUCGGGCCUGAGCCAGCUUCAGAGCCUGGCAGCCGCAGCCUCUCGGCGCCGCCGGCCCAAACCCAAACUGAAGCUGAAGAUCAUCAACCAGAACAGCGUGGCCGUGCUGCAGACUCUGGCGGACCAGCCGCUGGAGAUGUCCCGCGAUGGAGACUUGGAGGACAGCAGGGAGGGGGAGGUGGAGUGCGAGGUGAAGUCUGACUCUAGCCCCGAGAGAGAGGUCGUAGACGAUGACUCCAAAGGGGUUGAAGCCGGCAAGAAGAGGAAGAGGAAGCCGUACAGGCCGGGUAUUGGUGGUUUCAUGGUGCGUCAGAGGAACAAGGCUGGAAAUGCUAAGGUCAAACCCACCCUGAUGAGGAAGGACUCAACAGGCUCGCUAUCGGAGAUCCCACCAGGGAAAGAUGAAGCUUGGGGAGAUCCAGCCCCAGACACCCCACAGGAUGAAAAGCCUCCUGUGGCAGAGUUCCCAGAGAAAACCAGGAAACGCUACCGGAAGAAGAAGACCAAACUGGAGGAGGAAUUUCCCACCUACCUUCAGGAGGCGUUCUUUGGUAAAGACCUGCUAGACAAGAGCAAGCAGUCUCGGCAGCAGGGUGCGGAGCGAGGUUUCCUGGAGGAGGAGCGUGUGCAGGCGGGCAGGAAGACGCCAAGGCCCCAGUACAUGAGCCCCUCCGCUGACCCUCUCCUCAGCAGCACCACUGCUGGAUCAGGCCCCUCAACGCCAGGAAAAGCAACCUCAUCAAGGAGUGCCGAUGACCCCCUGGUGGCUUUGUCUGACGUUCUCAGUACUGACACGGAUCUUCUCGGGAUGCUGUCAGGACACUUGGGAAAGCCAUCAGAUGAAUCCGGUCUUGAUUUUAGCCCUUUCCAGGUUGAUGGCUCACCUCCUAUUUUUGCUGGGCUGGACAUGGCAGAGGAGACUGGCUCGCUCCCCCAGCCGCAUGCAGGCCGAGCGGGUCGCGGCAUCCCAGAAGAGCCCCUGGACGGCAUCCUCAGCCCUGAACUGGACAAGAUGGUCACCGAUGAGUCCAUUCUGAGCAAACUCUACAAAAUUCCGGAGCUGGAGGGGAAGGAUGUGGAGGACCUCUUCACUGCAGUGCUCAGCCCCAGCACCAGCCAGUCCCCUCAGGUUCCCCCACAGCAGCAUGGCUCGGGCUCCCUUCACGGGCCCCACGGCCCCCACGGCCCCACACUGCCUCACCCCCCAGGCCCUCCAGGAAAUGGAAUGUUUCCCCGGAUGCCGAUGGUCAACGGGCUGAUGGACCCCAGCCAGCCCUUCUCUCCGCCCCAGAUGAACCCCGGGGGAGGCCCGUGCAUGAGGGGCAACUUCAGCCCACUGCAGCGCAUGCCCUUCCCAGAAAACAUGAGGGACCAUAAGUUCCAUCCUGGUCCAGGAGGAGUGGGCGGUGCAUGGUCAGGCCCUGGCCAGUCUCCAGGCCCCGGCCCCGGGGCUGGGGCUGAGGGCGAGGGGGACUCCAUGUCCAAUGCCCAGAAGAGCACGCUCAAGUGGGAGAAAGAGGAGACCCUGGGAGAGCUGGCCACCGUGGCUCCAGUGCUCUACACCAACGUCAACUUCCCCAACCUCAAAGAAGAAUACCCUGACUGGUCUACGAGAGUCAAACAGAUUGCGAAACUCUGGAGAAAGGCAAGCUCACAGGACCGAGCGCCCUAUGUGCAAAAAGCCAGGGACAACCGAGCAGCGCUGCGCAUCAACAAAGUCCAGAUGUCCAAUGACCCCAUCAAGCGUCCGCCGCACCCUCAGCAGAUGCCCCCACAGAUGCUGCCGCAGGUCCCGGAGGUGUUCGACCCCGCCAUACCCCCCCUGGACACAGAGCUGCUCUUCAAGGAUCCACUCAAGCACAAGGAGUCGGAGCAGGAGCAGGAGUGGAAGCUCAGACAGCAAAUGAGACAGAAGAGCAAGCAGCAGGCUAAGAUCGAAGCCACCCAGAAGCUGGAGCAGGUCAAGAACGAGCAGCUGCAGCAGCAGCAGCAGCAGCAGCAAACAGGAAGUGGGGACAUGGACGCCUCCAGCAGCGGCCAAAGCCCCGGGUCCUCCCAGCCGGGCAGCGGCAACGCCUCACCCCUGCAGCAGCACGGGGGGAAACCCUCCUUCUCCAGGCCACAGGCCCCAGGUGGAUCCUCCUCGGACGACAUCUUCCUGCGUCCGCAGCCCCCUCCCCCGUCCGGCAGCAGCCAGGGCUCGUCCUCUCAGCCGCAGUCGCCUCAGAUGUUCUCUCCCGGCUCGUCUGGCUCCAUGCCGUCCUCCCCUGGCGACCCCUAUGCCAAGAUGGUGGGCACGCCGAGGCCACCGCCUACUGGUCCCAACGGGCAGCGCAGGGGCUCUGUGGAGUCGGGGAAGUCCCCCAGAUCUCUGUCAGAGGAGAGGGGCAAGCCUGCGUCUGCCCAUGAACCCUUUGGGUCUCCGACGUCUAUGAGUAGUGAUCCGUAUGCCAAGAUGCCGGACACGCCCAGGCCAGUGACGUCCGGUGACCCAUUCCUUAAGCCUAUGGGUCCUCCCAGGGCCAGCCCAUCCAUGGAGGGCAGGCAUAUGAUUGGCUCCCCAGGGCACGACCCUUUUUCAAGGCCAUCACAGCGCAGAGAAAUCUACCAGCGAGCCAUGCAGAAUCGGAUGAUUCUCCCGGACUCGUGCUCUCGUCCGUUGCUCACACCCAUCCCAGGCAGCAACGAGUCGGGCUCUGUCCAGUUGUUCAAAGCCCCGAUGCCCCCAGGCCAAGCCCAGGACCCAUAUGGAGGAAUGCAUCCGGGGCAGCGCCGGCCAGGCGGGGACCCGUUUGACAGAGCGCAGGAUGACCCAUAUGCCCAGCCCCCGCUAACCCCGCGCCCUGGCAUGGGCCAGGAGUUUGCCAGCCCGCAAAGACCCUCGCGCCAACCCCAUCAGUUCCCCCAGCCAGGGCCAGUAAUGAGACAAUCUGCCCAGAACCCAUAUGUUCACGCGCCCCCCACCCCUAGACCUGAUUACAGCCAGUAUGACCCCUACGCCCAGGCCCCGGGCACACCUCGGCCUAUGACCGAGCCAUAUGCUCUCCCUCCAGGCACACCCAGGCCACAUGACCACCAGUAUAGUCCCUCCUCCGACCCCUACUCCCAUGCGCCCUCCACUCCCCGCCCAGGUCCCCGAGUUUCACCCUCCCACACCAUGGACCCUUACGCCCAGCAGCCGGGAACUCCACACCCAGGGGUGGGUGACCGAUUCCCCAAAUCCCCGAGCUACCAGAGGAGUGCUGACCCAUACGCGCAACAACCUGGUACCCCGAGGCCCAUGGCUGCGGCAGGUCCCCAGCCCAUGCUGAGUGACCCCUACGCCCAGCCACCGGGCACACCCCGACCUGGAGCAAGAACUGGACCCAUGGCCGGGCAGGACCCUUUCUCCCACCCUAUGGGCCCUGGCGCACAGACCCCAAAGCAUGCUGGAAUACACGACGAUACUAUUGUUAUGCCGCCGUCCAACGCGCCACACCAAACACCCGUCCACGAUCCAUUCGAGCAGGCACCGAUGACGCCUCACCCACAGGCUGCACCUCCGACUGAACCUCAAAGUGUUUCUUUAAUGGAGGCUGAAGAGAGAAUGAGACAGCGUCAGCGUAUCCGAGAGCUGAUUCUGAAGCAGCAGCAGCAGAAGGGUGUGAAUCGUCAGGAGAAGGGUCCUCAGGAGGGCCCUAUGGCAAUGGCCCAAGGCCCCCCACCGCAGUGGAGCCAGGGCGGACUGGGGCCCCAGGCCGAGAUCUUCAGCCGCCCUCCCCCUCCCUACCCUGGCCCCGGGCCAGUCAGGGGCCCCAUGAGGUUUCCUGGAGCCUUCCCCGGCGACCAGCAUGGCCCGGUCGCCAUGGAGGGACAGUUUCCAGAUGGCACCAACAUGGGCAUACGGCAGCACAUGCAGAGAUUUGCAUUUCCUGGAGGGCCAGGUCCCCAUGGGCACCCGAGGCCUCCCCAUCCCCAUCCCAUGCAGGAGGCCAUGAUGGAUCCACAUGCCCAGAUGAGAAGGUCCAUGUCCGUCGACCUCGGGAAGCCCUUCGGCGGCGGCCCCCCUAUGGUACCCCAGCAGCACUUCCCUCCUCGGGGGAUGCCCAUGCAGCAGCACAACAUCAUGGGCCAGCCUUUCAUCGAGCUGAGGCACCGAGCCCCAGAGAACAGGCUACGGCUGCCGUUCGGCCCCGGUGGGAUGCCGGGAAACCCCAUGGACCCCCACCUAGUCCAACAGCACAGGCCACCACCUGGGUUCAACAUCAGGCAACAGAUGCCAUUCCCACCUAACCAUCAGGGUCCUCCUAGGCCCAUGGACGGCACCAUGAUGAUGAACCAGCCGCAAGCCGCUGCUGCCCCUGCAGCAAUGCAGAUGUCUGCCAGCAUGGAGAACCUGAACCAGACAGCUGGGCUACCAGGAACUAGCGGCCUUCAGCAGCAGCAGCAGCAGCAGCAGCAGCAGCCUCCUCUCAUGAGGUCCAUGAGUCAGCCAGCACCGAAUGAAGCUGCCGGCAUUGCUCCAGCAAAUAUUUUCCCUGGGGCUCACAUUGAGCAGACAGACGAAAUUCCAAUCACAAGCUCUGACGGGGAGAAGCUAGACGCAGACGAGUCAGCUGUCAAAGACUUGGAAGAUGUUGAGGUGAAGGAUUUGGUCGACGCUGAUCUAGAAAACCUCAACCUAGAUCCGGAGGACGGGAAGGACUUGGAUCUUGAGACAAAUGAUUUGCACCUUGAUGAUUUCCUAACGUCUGGGAAAUUUGACAUCAUCGCGUACACUGACCCAGACCUGGACCUCGAUGUUAAGAAGGACAUGUUCGGUGAGGAUCUGGACCUCAGUGACCCUAUAGAAGAGGACCACAGCGAGGACCCUGAUCCUGAGAAGACACCCACGGAUAAGAAGAACACUAGCUCUGACGCUGCCUCCUCAACGAAGGGGCAGUCUGACACUACGCCUGAAGCACCAAAGGUGGACGACAUCAAACAGGAAGCAGGUCCAAGUCAGGCGCUGAAAGAGGACGCUGACAUCAAAACCGAAGUCAACACUGAUUUGCCUCAGCAACAGGGUGGAGAUGCCAACAGCACAAAUGCCUCCCAGGCAGCUCCAGCUCUGCCUGCCCCGUCAGGGAGUGCAUCUGAAUCUACCCCUGCUCUCUCCAGUCUGCUGGUCAAGGACAAGGUGGGUGACCCAUCUAUGAAUCAAACGGAUGCCUCAUCUGCUGUUCCGAACAACCCCGAGAUGGCCGUCCCCAAUGUCCUUGGUCAAGGCAACUUUCCUCAGCAAGACCUAAACUCUGGCAUGGCUUUAGAACAAGCCGUCAGUUCUAACCAAGGAGAGACGCCAUUGGGCAACCCAGACCAGCAGGCCUCAGGCCAGGCCUUCGGGCCAGAUCAGGACAUGCUGCUGGGUGGGGAGGGAGGUGGUGGCUUGACGCAGGCACAGCAGGCUCUGCUGGCCCAGCACAGGCCCCUGCUGCUGGAGGAACAGCCACUUCUGCUGCAGGACCUGCUCGACCAAGAGAGGCAGGAGCAGCAGCAACAGAGGCAGAUGCAGGCCAUGAUAAGGCAACGCUCCAGUGACUCCUUCUUCCCCAAUAUCGAUUUUGAUGCCAUCACUGAUCCAAUUAUGAAAGCAAAGAUGGUCGCCCUGAAAGGUAUCAACAAAGUGAUGGUCCAGAACAACAUGGGGAUGCCACCCAUGGUUAUGAACAGGCUGCCACAAGCUGUUCAGCAGGGGCCUGGGCCUGGGCCUGGGGCUGGGCCACAAUGGCCUGAUGGUGCCCCUGGGCCACAGCAGAUGCCCCCCGUGCAGGAUGUCAAACCGGCUCCUCCUCACAUGGGUCGACCAAAUCCUCCUAACAUUGCGCCAGGAUUCGGGAACGACGCGCAGCAGAAAGCCCAGUAUGAGGAGUGGCUACGGGAGACCCAGCAGUUACUGCAGAUGCAGCAGAAGUUCCUGGAGGAGCAGAUCGGCGCCCACAGGAAGUCCAAGAAGGCGCUCUCAGCCAAGCAGCGCACCGCCAAGAAGGCCGGCCGCGAGUUCCCAGAGGAGGACGCAGAGCAGCUGAAACAUGUGACCGAGCAGCAGGGCGUGGUGCAGAAGCAGCUCGAACAGAUCCGCAAGCAGCAGAAGGAGCAUGCAGAGCUGAUUGAGGAGUACAGGGUCAAGCAACAGCAGCAGCAGCAAUGUAACAUGCAGCCACCAAUGAUGCCUGGCAUGCAUGGCCCACCGGGCAUGAUGCCAGUCCGUCCACCCAUGGGCCCUGGGCCACCCAUGAUGGGCCCUGGACCACCCAUGCCCCAGAUGCCAGUCCAUCCAGGUCAGCCUGGUCCUCCCCCUCGCCCACCACCCAAUAUGCCAGGUUGGCGUCCUGGAGGUCCCAUGCCUAUGUCUGGCCCACCGAUGCCCAUGGGAGGCCCACCACGUAUGCCGCCGAUGAUGCCCGUUCAGGGCCCCAUGCCUCCUCAGCCUCCGCCUCAGGUCAUGCCAGCGGCGGGUCCUCCAGGUGGUACGCAGGCGGGCGGCGAAUCUCCCCACGUGAACUUCGACGACACCAACCCGUUCAGCGAGGGCUUCCAGGAGCGCGAGCGCAAGGAGCGGCUCCGGGAGCAGCAGGAGAGGCAGCGGGUGCAGCUGAUGAAGGAGGUGGAGAGGCAGCGGGCGCUGAAGCAGCGCAUGGAGAUGGAGAUGCAGCAGCAGCAGCAGCAGGCCAUGAUGAGUCCCGAAGGCCUCAUGAAGCCCCAGAUGCCGCCGAUGUUCAACCAGGAGAUGCCUCACGACUUCAUGCAAGGCCAGAAGCCACCACAGCAGCAGCCUCCGCAACAGAUGGGCAUCCCCGGGCAGAUGUUCCCACAGCAGCAGCAGCAGCCAGGCCACCCGCCACCAGGGCCCAGUGGAGAGUCGCCUGGUGCCUUCAUGGGCAACGGACCUUUUCCGCAGGACAUGGGGCCUGGGUUCUGGCCGGACAAUCCUGGUAUGGAGCCGGGCAACUUCGCCCCUGGUCAGGGUCAGCCCAGACCUCCUCCAAGGUUUGGUGGGCCAAAUGCAAUGCAUCCAAACGCAGGCAAAGCUCAUCCGUUCGGGCCUGAUUCAUCGUUGCCUCUGCCGCCAAACUUCCCGGGGUCAGGCCCGUCGCUGAUCCAGCUCUACUCCAACAUCAUCCCUGAAGAAAAAGGCAAGAAGAAGAGGAACCGGAAGAAGAAGAAGGAUGACGACUCUGGAUCUCUCCACGCACCAUCCACGCCACACUCUGACCUCACUGCCCCCCUAACCCCCUGCGUAUCGGACACAUCCUCCACACCAACACGCCUCUCGCUGCACCACGGGGAGCAGGACCUGUGCGAGUCAUCCCAGCCUGGCUCCUCCACCCCGGGCUCCGCCACAAGCCAGCAUCCCUCUGAGCUGGAGAGGCAGCUGUCUGGUGGGAGCGGAGGAGGAGGAGGCUCCUUCCCUUUCCACGAAGGACAUGGCUCUGGUAUGGCAUCCGGCUCAAAUCAUGGGCAGGAUAUGCAGGACCGAAUCCUCAGCAACAUCAAGCUGGAGCAGGUGGAGGGAGCCAGUGAGUGCCAUGGGCCCAGAGCCCACGACAUGGGACACCACGUGGGUGGCACGGUGAAGGCGGAGAAGGACGGCGCCUCGCCGCACCCGGCCGGUCUGAGCCCCGCGCACAGCUCCAAGGGAGAGAUGAGCAACGAGCUCCUGAAGCACCUGCUGAAGAACAAGCGGACGCCGCCGGCCGGCCUUCCGCAUCAGAGGUCAGAGGAGAGCCUGCGGUCCGAAGAGGACGGGACUUUCGACAGCAAAGGCUUCCUGAGGCAGAACUCCCUGGACAGCAACGGGACCUUCUCAGACAGCCAGCUCUCUGGGCACCCGGAGUUUGGCAGCCCCUCGAGGGGCGAACAGGACAAGAGGAAACAGCGGAACAAGAGGGGCACGAAAGGCGGAGAGCGACCUACGCCACGCUCCAAGAAGAGGAAGAAGGAGGAGGAGGAGAGGCAAGCUGCCUGCGCCACCUCAGACCCAGCCAUCACCCACCUGAAACAGCUCUCUCUCCUGCCCCUGAUGGAGCCCUUGAUUGGGGUGAGCUAUGCCCACUUCGUCCCCUAUGGGAGCGGGCAGCUGGGUGGGGAGAACCGCUUGUCUGGCUCGUUUGGCAGCGCUUCCCUGGACGGCGUGUCAGACUACUACUCCCAGCUCAUCUAUAAGCAGAACAAUUUGAGCAACCCCCCGACUCCGCCGGCCUCCCUGCCCCCCACGCCGCCUCCGGUGGCACGCCAGAAGAUCCUGAACGGCUUCGCCACCACCGAGGAGCUGGCCAGUAAGGCUGUCAUGGGAGGACAUGAUGUGACUAAGGGGAUGCUGCCCAGGUCCAUGCACGUCCAGCUGAAGGCGGAGGAGGAGCUGCUUGCCAGAGCGCUGUCCCAGGGGCCCAAGACUGUGGACGUGCCCGCCUCUCUGCCCACGCCUCCCCACAACAACCAGGAGGAGCUCAGCAGAGGGCAGGAGCAGGGCGACUACCCCAACAGAGACUCUCCCGACAGCUUCGUACCAUCGUCGUCCCCAGAGAGCGUGGUCGGCAUGGAGAUCAGCCGCUACCCAGACCUCUCUCUGGUCAAGCAGGAGCGCCCCUCCCCACCCACCUCACCCGUCAUCCCUCUGCUGCCCAGCUUCAGCGGCAAAGGAGGUCGUCUGCUGGACAUUAAGAAGGAACAGUUCUAUGGGGCACCUUUCGGAGCACAGAUCAGCGCCAACACUAGCCAUGUUGCCAUAGCAAUCACCCUCAAACCAGCUGCGGCUGAGAACAUCACGGGUGUGGUGGCUGCGAUAGCGGACCUGCUCCGGGUGAAGGUCCCCAGCAGCUACGAGGUCAGCAGCGGCCCCGACAGGCUCCUCCACGGCGGCCCGGGGGCCCUCAGGGCCUCUCUGCAGGGCCACGAGCAGCUGCGGCACCCCUUCAUGCUGCAGGGCGCUCCAGGAGGCUUUAGAGGCCCAGAGGGUGGAGGAAUGCACUUUGUCCGACCACCACCACAGCAGAGGCCUCUGCACAUGCAGCAUCAACCCCAGCAGCAGCCACAGGUUCAGAUGCCCUCCGACAGAGGUGCAGCUGUGUCCAGAGAGCAGUUCCUGAAGGGUCAGGCCAGUCCUGGGCCCAAGCCCCAGUGGUGCCGCCACUGCAAAGUGGUGGUCCUGGGAAGUGGAGUCCGCAAAACACCCAAAGACGCAAAAUCCACACAGCAGGACCAUCCAUCGAGCACUGACGCUGAGGCUGUCUUCUGCAGUCAUAGCUGUCUCAUCCUCCACUCCGCUUCCGCCUCAUCGACCAAACCGGCCACCGACACCAAGGAGUCUGUAGAGCUGCUCCCCACCGCCGAGCCCAAGGAGAGCCCGUCUCGUGCCCAGCACCCUUACAGCAACAACAUGUCCUCCCUGGACGUGCACUGCCUGGCCCAGCUGCAGCCCAAGCCCUCACCUCCCCCUCCAACAUCCCCACUGCCAGACCCACCCAGCCCCCAGCCAGAGAUCAAGGAAGAGCCCAAGCCCAAGCCCAAGCCGGAGCCCAAACCUGCAGAGGUGUUGCGGGUGACGGUGAAGCUGAAGGCUCGUGGCAGUGGUGUAUCCGGACGCAUGGACCACCACCACCACGCCAAGAGGCCAAAGGUGCCGCGCUGGCAGAAGUGGAGUUUCCAGUUGACCGUGUCUAUGAAGAAGGAAGGGGACGUGGUGGGGAACACGCAGAUCAUCGAGGACGAGGCGGAGGUGGACCGGCUGCUGGCCAAGCUGGCGGCUCCGCUGAGAUCCAACCCGCCGCCUCGCGACCGGCGCCGCUGCUGCUUCUGCCACCAAGAGGGCGACGGCGUAACGGACGGGCCGGCGCGACUCCUCAACCUGGACCUGGACACCUGGGUGCACCUGAACUGCGCGCUGUGGUCCACGGAGGUGUACGAGACGCAGGCGGGGGCGCUCAUCAACGUGGAGCUGGCCCUGCGGCGCGGCACCGCCAUCCUGUGCGUCUACUGCCAGCGGACGGGCGCCACCACCGGCUGCCACCGGCUGCGCUGCCUCAACGUCUACCACUUCACCUGCGCCCUGCAGGCCGGCUGCACCUUCUUCAAGGACAAGACCAUGCUCUGCCACGCCCACAGACCGCGCGGACAGGGCAAUCUCGCCGGCGCCGCCGCUACCGCCGUCUCAUCCACCGCCCCCGCCGCGGCGGCUUUGCUGGAGCACCAGCUGCGCUGCUUCUCCGUGUUCCGCCGUGUGUACGUGCAGCGUGACGAGGUGCGGCAGCUGUCGGCCGCCGUGCAGAGGCCCGAGCGCGGCUACACGUUCCGCGUGGGCAGCCUGGUGUUCCACACCAUGGGCCAGCUGCUGCCCGUCCAGAUGCAGGCCUUCCACUCGGACACGGCCAUCUACCCCGUGGGCUACGAGGCCAGCCGCCUGUACUGGAGCAUGCGCCACUCCAACCGCCGCUGCCGCUACGUGUGCUCGGUGGAAGAGCGCGGCACCCGGCCCGAGUUCACCAUCCGCGUGCAGGAGCCCGGCUACGACGAGCUGGUGCUGACCGACAGCACACCCAAAGGAGUCUGGGAUAAAGUCCUUGGUCCAGUGGCUGAGAGGAGAGCAGAGUCCGGCACCCUUCGCCUGUUCCCCGUCUAUCUGAAAGGAGAGGAUCUGUUUGGCCUGACCAUCUCUGCAGUCACUCGCAUUGCUGAAUCGCUGCCAGGAGUGCAGGCGUGUAAACGCUACCGGUUCCGUUACGGGCGGAACCCGAUGCUGGAGGUACCGCUGGAGGUAAACCUGCGUGGCAGUGCCCGGGCCCAACCACGGAGUCGCCCACGCCAUGACCAACUGCUGGACGGCUGCACCGCCUCCAGCCGCACCAUCCAGAACUCUGCCCCUCAGGAGGGCGGCUCCCCCUACAGCAAGCACUUUGUGCACUCCAAGUCCUCCCAGUACCGCCGCCUGCAGAGCGAAUGGAAGGCCAACGUCUACCUGGCUCGCUCUUGCAUCCAGGGUUUGGGUCUGUUUGCAGCUCGAGACAUUGAGAAACAGACCAUGGUAAUUGAGUACUUUGGAAAUAUCCUGCGUAAUGAGGUGGCAUGCCGAAAGGACUUCCUGUACAAAUGCCAGAAUCGUGCUGUCUACAUGUUUCGCAUUGAUGCUGAGCAUGUCCUUGAUGCAUCCCUUUCUGGAGGAAUGGCUAGGUAUAUCAACCAUUCUUGUGCCCCCAACUGUGUGGCUGAAGUAGUGACGUUCGAGCGAGGAUACAAGGUCAUCAUCAGUUCCAACAGGCGCAUAGAGAAAGGAGAGGAGCUGUGCUACGACUACAGGUUUGAACAGGCUGACGACCAGCACAAGACCCCAUGCCAUUGUGGAGGAGUUAACUGCCGCAAGUGGAUGAACUGAACUGAGGCGUGAAGUUGGCGACCAGGAAAUGGAGGAUGAUGCAAGAGGUGUAGGGGGUGUGGGCAAUCAACACAUGCAUUCCUUGCUAUAGUUCACGGGCACAUUGGUCCAUGUGGAGAACACGUCCCUCCCUCACUUACUAAAGAAGUGUUUUCAGUGGGGGCACAACAUGAGCCAGACUCGAGUGGUGUGCAGAGAUUGCUGGAGGUCUUUGUGAUAAUAAACCACUGAAGAUUGUCUAUAAGGGAACACUAAAAAACUACAGACUUUGGCAAGGAGCUGCAGCCCUCCCUGGUCCCAUAGGAAGACGGUUCACUGACCCGCAUUUGCCAUGAGUGGGUGUGAGUGUGUAUGUCUGUGUGUGUGUGUGUGUGCAUGUAAAAAUGUGUGUGUGUGUGUGUGUAUACACGUACGUGUUUGGCGCGCGAGCGUGUCCGUCCGUGUGUUUCAGGAGGCAGAAUUCACCAGCAACUGAGAGGAGAGCACUGUGGUGGGCUUGCCUUAUUGGUUGCGGGGUGAGGGCAGGCCCUUUAGUUUAGUUGUGCUAGACCUUAGAUGUUACAGUUCGAUUCAAAUGUAGAUACCACUGAAUGGAGAAUGUACGGAAUGAGCUUCCGCGAAGGGAAAAUUAACUUGCACUAAAAGAAAAAUACAAACUCACAAAAAAAGAACACGUUAAAAUACUUGAUUCCAUGAGUCAGUUUUAUCCUAAUUUUCUGUCUUUGGUUUGGGUAAGAAAAGAAAGCAGUUUUGUAUUUAUUGCAGAGUGAGUGAAUGAAUGAUGAAUGAAUUAUGAAAUGGAAAAAAUGUGUUUAAAUCUUUGCCAAACUGCAGCUAUGAAGCUGUGGUUUGAAGAAACUGUUUCUUGUGUACAAAGUGUAUAAAAAGAAAAAUAUAGGAAUGAUUGACCAAAUACUACCUUAACCAUAUGGAUGUUUGGGUGUUCUGUAGGCGUGUUUUGUUUUUGUCUUUGCAGAAUUAUUUAAUGCGGUUGUCCAAUAUUGUUUGGAGAGAAUAUAUUAUAUGGCAAUUUUGUACAGAAUGUGCAAAUAAUUUCAAGAAUUCACAAGAAAGUAUUUUUGUUGUGCUUAGACUUUAGUAUGCUAGUGUUUAAUUUCCUGUGAUUUUCACACGAAUUCUGACCACUUGAAUAGUCUUUUUUUAAAAUAAAUGAAUAUAUUUGUGAUUUCCAUCGAGGGUUCAUGUGUUACAGUAGGUGACCUCCAUCACCAAAAGCCCUAAUGUGGAAUAGUAUGUGGCGGCACCAUCUUUUGUCAAUCAGGUUUCAUUUAUGAAUUAGAACUGUGAAUUUUUAAAUCCACCCAAACUAAGUUUUUAAUAACUUUGUCACAAGUAGAAUGCGUUCUGUCUUGCUCUGGGUUUUAUAUGUAUUUUGUACAUAUUUGUAAUAUGAACAUUGAUGAGUUUUAGACUGGUCAACAAGUCUCAGAAGGAAAACUGGUAGCUGUUUAGGACUAGUGUGUUUUACUGAGCGCUAGAAUAAAGGUCAGCAUUUAGUAAAAUAAGGAAUCUUGCCAGGAAUAUGUUUGCUUAGACUUCAGAGAUAUACUUUUGGACAAUGGAAUCGAGAUGGCAUUUCAUUUUAUACCCUAACAACCUUAAUUCUGUGCUCACAUUUCUCAAGCCUCACAAAUUAAAUGGAGCUUCUUCAGUUUGAACAGCUUGAAGUUGAUGAAUUGACAGUCUUGAACUUGUAUUGUACAGGGCAUGUAUUUUUGAACUUGUGAAAGAUAAAUUGUAUAUAUUUUCUCAAUGAACAAUUGUAACUAAAUUGUUUCAUGAAUAUUUUUCUUGUCUUGUAAAAUACUGGUGUUUGCGCAAACCUUUUUUUGGCGUUGUCAUGUACAGUAGUAAUGAUGUUUUGGGAAAUGAAGCCUUUUUGAAGUAUGCAGAGUGUUAUGGGGUUUGGAACUGAAUUUAGGAGCAUUUACAAAAAAUAAAAUAUUUUACAUCUUAA